UUAAUCACUCGUGCACAUGAUCAGACACAGUGUACAUGUCUGAGCAGCCACAUUCUCGCCCACUUGAACUGAAAACAGACUUCCAGUGAUGGAGUUCAGAGAGCUGGGCGCAGACGGGACCUCCGAGGGAGAAGCGGAGGAUUUGGACAGCGUGAAAGCAUUGACAAAGAAACUCAAACUCCAGACGCGCAGACCAUCGUACUUGGAAUGGAAGGAGCGACUGCAGACUCGCCCGUGGACUGAUGACACACAUAGUUCAAAUGUCAGCUCAGGAUCUGUGGAGAAGGACACCAAUCUAUCCGACAUUUGGAAAGAUGGGAUCCCUUAUAAGAACAUUUGCGGCUUUGAUACUAUAGACGACGCUUUAGAGUGGCUCAGAAGCGAACUGAGAGAGAUGCAGAUGCAGGAUAACCGUCUUGCACGUCAGUUGAUUCGCUUGCGGGGGGAGAUCCACAGGCUGAAGGUGGAGCAGGUGUGUCACCGUCACAAAGAGAUGCUGGAUGAUGCCACGUUUGAGCUGGAAGAGUGCGAGGAGGAGUCUGAUCUGCUGUGUGACAUCCCCAUGAAAGCUGCUUUUGCUUUGUCCACCCCUCUUAAACAUCUCGGUCUCACAAAGAUGAACCUCAACUCCAGACGGUUCUCGCUGUGUUGAGAGGUGGGGAGAUGAGAGAAUCCACCCUUUACCACUCUAACACUGGAAACCAAAGUUUUAGUUAAUUGAGGAUUAAGGUUGGACUCCAAAUAAAAAAACUUUUGUUUUCUUCAUAUCACUUUCCAUUCUUGAAUUUUGUUCAUUAAUUAGAUAUUAUAUAUAUUAUAUGGCAUUAACACCAACCUAGAUCUCACAUACUACAAUUAAACCUGCACUUAACAACUCGUCAAAGUGGACUCACCACUGGUGUGAUGUCAUGACAUAUUGAGACCAGAGUUGAGAAAGAGUUUAUAUUUACAUUUUAAAAAUAUCUGAGAAUCAGGAGAAGCCUGUAAAAUUGGAACACAUUUCCAUCAGUGUUACUGGCUGCUCAGGAGAGUAAGGACUACUGUCAGCUUGGCUGCUGUCCCAAACAGCAGCCUUGCAGGAAGUGAAAAUUUGUGUUCAAUCAUUCUGUCAACUUAUCUCUUAAAGGCAAGGCAAGGCAAGUUUAUUUAUAUAGCACAUUUCAUACACAAUGGUAAUUCAGAGUGCUUUACAUAUACAUUUUAAAGAAAAUACAAGAUAUAUAAAAAAAUUCAAACCAAUUAAAAACAUGAAAUAAGAAAGAAAAGUAAUAAAAUAAAUUUGAAAAAAUGUAAACCAAAAUAUAACCACACUGGAGGGCUCAGAGCUGCAACAAGUUAAUGAGAAGCUAAUGUCAGUUUCUGUUCUUUUAAGCCCAAUGUCAGCAGAGGUGUUUUAUCUAGAAUAAGUUGCAGUUUAGAUGUGAGGGUACAUUUUUGGAUUUAUAUAUAAAAUUUAUGGUAGGGCAAUGUCCAUUUACACAGUGAGGUCAAUAGAUUUUAAUAAGUGUUUAUAGAGUUCAGUGUACAUUACCUGCACAGAACCUAACAGAGUUCUUGAUAACUUGAUAAAGUUUUAAAUUGACACUGAAUAUGGACCUUAAUACCUUAAGAAACAGUAUUUUCUGUGGACUGCUUUUUUAUUUAUCAUGCUACAUUAGAUAAACUUUGUUACAGUAAAAUGUAAUGUAGCAAAUAUAUAACUGCUUUAAAUCAGCAUGUUAAGUGAAACCAAACACAAUGACUUACUUUUCUAGCACAAAGGGCUAAAAUAUCUACUGUAAAUUAACCACAGAUGCCUUACAGCAGGGGUCGAGAACCUAUGGCUCGCGAGACACAAGUGGCUCUUUGUUAAAAAUCAAGUGGCUCGCAGGGUGUCUCACCAUUCACCAACACAUGAUCGUUUUAAAACUUUCUAGAUAUAAUUUUCCAGCAGAAGGUGUGGGGGCGAUUGCAAAGCUUGAAGUCAAUGACACUGUUUUGAUUUCAUUCCGAAUUUGUCGUACAGCCUACUCCUGGUGAACAAGGUUUGAAAUGAACACCCGCCAAAUGCAGAGUAUUUUGCUGAUGUACCAGCCACUGUGGAAGGCGACCUGUAAGACUUCUCGGAGUGACCUAUUACAAGAAAUUAGACACAAAGACGCGCGUUUGACGAACUGUAAUUAUAUUUUGAAGAACAGACGAAAGAAAACCCACCAAUGCGCCUCUGAUUUGAUGUGUGUGCAGUGAGCUCCGCUGUUCACAACUGUAAUGAAAGCGCUUCUCCUAGACACGCACAUGCAUAGAGUUCUGGACCUCGUUUCCCUAUAACUAUUGAACUUAGCUGUUAAGAGCAUUUUCUACGAGUGAUUUUAUGAACGUUCGUUAUUUUUUAUGGGCACCCAGGGUGUAAUAUAGCACCCGCCACCCGCAAAAUGUGACGAGGCUCAAUCCAGUUCGCGAGCUCGUUGUCCAAAUGUAUUUCAUAUGCAAGUAAUUUUGCUCAUCUUCCCACAACAUGUGGGUGACCUUUAAGACAUCUCGGAGUGACACAAGAAAUGCUGUUAGUCCAAAAAAACGCGCUUGAAGAAACACACUUUAUUAUAUUUUUAAGAACAGACAAAAGAAAAGCCGUCAGUGCUCGUGUCUGAUUCGCUGUUUGUUCAGAUGUGUGCAACGGGACCCUGUCUUGUGGAUCAAGCGUAUGUAAAGAGUUAUCACUCCUUUUUCUCUGUUUUAUUUGACUGUAAACUGUUUGGAAGAAUAAUGUAAUCUUUAAGAAUGCUGCAAAUUAUCUCUGAUCAUCUCGUGAGGUGCUGUGGGUUUAGUUUGCUUUAUUUCCACGGAGCAGUUCGCUCUUACACAACUCUGCAACUCUGCAGGUUCAGUAAUAUAUAUAUCUUUGUAUUAAAGAAACAAAGACGAAAGUGAUUAAAUCAUAUAAAGUAAUACAAGACACGAUCACCUUGAACCUAACAUUUUGUUCUAUUUUAUUUUCUUUAGGCAGCAUUAACUGUAUUACCAAAAUGCAUUACAAACACAUUCGAUAAGAACACAUAUUUGGCAGCAUUAUUUUGAGAACACAAGGGAAUUUAUUAGGCUUAUUUAUUAUGAUGAUUAUUAUAGUUAUCUUUACAUUUAUAAUUGUCUUUAGUUCUUAAUUUGUAGGCUAUACGUAAUUUUUCACCUGUUGUAAUACUUGCCUGAUGGCAAAUGGGGCCGUUGGAGAAAUGUUUGGAUUUGGGGAGGUGGUUAUAUAUAAGAUUUUUUAAUCACUUCGUUAUUUUAAUUGCUUUUUUUUGUUUGCAAUUUGAAUUCAGAAAUGUCUUUUAAGUUUUUCUUGUUUCAAUAAAUUAAUGUAAUUUUUAAAGCAAAAUCAAUAAAGCAAAAAUAUUCACCGACCCUUGGCAGGAGGGUUGACCAUAUAAUCGGAUAUCACAAUAUUUUAAAUACGAUUAUCAUUAAAAUAUUUUUUACAUAUUGCCCAGCCCAAAAGGGAAGUUACAUUUUUCAUGAACUAUUGUAAAAUGAAGUAAUUUUAUGGAGACCCGCACAAACGCGUGUACUCAAUUCCAUAUUGCAACAUGUUACCUAUUAUUUUUUGCAUAUUUGUUUGUUUUUGUGUUUUUUAGUAGUCUAUGGGCAAUAUAAAAAUUUUAUUUUAUUGAAAAACUUUGUUUUUGAAAAUAGUAAAUUAUUAAUUUGUGCUAUGGCUCUUUCGAAAAAAAUGCAUCAACCAAAAAUAAAACAAUUGGCUCCUUAGUGAAAAAAGUUCCCGACCCCUACCUUACAGCUAGUGUUAAGAGAUGGGUAUUUUUGUAAUCUAAAAGAAAGGAGAAUUCAUUCACUGUUACUCAUUCACAACAAUAAGUGAAAAUGUAUGAAUUUUAUAAACUCCAUUGUUGCUUUAUAUUUGCAAAUAAAAUUGUUAUU